GAUGCUGUUAAUGGCGGCACCCUUGUCCUCAUGCGAGACUGUGUGAAAGAUUUAUUUACUUUAAUAUCAACAUACAAGCAUUUCGUACACAGCUCAGUCAUAUGUUUUAUUUAAGACUAAACUUAAAAUUAUAAGCAAUCUCUGACAAUUUUUUAAGGUUCAGGUCAAAGAAGAUCAAAGAUGCCACGGGUGACACGUCGGAGCUUAAAUGAAGAGGAAGUACCCAGCAGAAGCAGCCCCCGGGCAGCAACAAAGGCAUCAUCAGCUGCCUCUGCUUCUCCCGCUAGAGGUCGAAGCCGAAAAAGCUUGAGAGGAGAAGAAGCAAAAGCUGUGGAGAAAUCUCAAGAAUCUGUUGAGAAGAGGGGACGUGGUAAAUCUGCAAACCAAGAAAAAGAAAAAACUACUCGCCAGUCUAGAUCUCGGAGAAGACAGGCAGAAGAAGAAGAGGAGGAAAAGGUAACAUCUCCUUCACCCGUCAAACGAGGAAGAACUCAGCGAGAUACUCCACCUUCUGCUGAAUUUGUUUUGGGAAGGAAAUCUAGACAACAAGAGGAGCCUGAAGAAGAAGGAGAAAAAGAAGAGGAAACAGUUACGCCAAAUGCUAAAAAGGGUAGAAGUCAGGGUGGUGGUCAAGCUUCAAAGGGAAGAGGCGCCUCUGCUAGCCAGAGAAAGUCACCAGCACCAACACCAGCAACCACUACAUCCACCAGAGCUAGCAGGAGCAGACGCUCGGCAGGUGCACCUGAUGAAGAACCCUUGGGAGAAACUGAAGUAGAGUCAAAGAAUAAGGUCACACCUAAAGGGCGUGGGCGUGGACGGCAGGUAUCAUCUACUAGAUCCCGAGGUAGAGGGAGAGAAAAGGCAAAGGAAGCUCAAGAUGAUGAAGUGGAGGGUGUUUCUGAAUCUAAAGAAGCUGCAGCUGAAGAAUAUGAAGAAUCAAGUAAAGAAUGCAAAGAAUCGACUGCAGAUGAAGAAGCUAUGCAGAUUGACUGCAAAACAGAAGCUGCUGAAGAAGAGGCAAAAGUUCCUAAUGCUUCAGCAGACAAAUCUUCAGAGCAUGAAGAGUCAUCAGAAACAGAAAACCUUGUGGAACCAGCUCCUGCCAAAUCAGGAGCGUUGUCUGGUAAAGUAGAACCCAUGGAGCAUGAAACUGCUGAUGCUGCACCACAAUGUGAAUCACUGCAAAAUUCUCAGAAUGGUGAGAUCACUAUCAAAAGGCCUCCUUCCUCAGGUACAAAGAGAAAGUUGGAUGAGAAAGAGGAAGCAAUUGAAGACAUGAAAGGAAAAAAUGAAGGCUUGACUGCAAAACGUCCACGCCUGAAUGGCAAUGAUUCUGAUGCGGCUGCAGCACAAGAUGAUAAGAAAGCGAAUAUGGUGGAUGUAUCAGAAGCUGAAAAGCAGGACCUUCUUAAAGAUUUUGUGGUGGUGAAUGCAGAAGACGUGCCAGCCUCGGACAGUGCAGAGGUGGCAGAAGCUGUCCCUCAGACAGUGACUAAACCAUCUUCUGCAGCUCCAGUGACUGGAAGUUAUGGAAACACCCAUAUUCCAGAUAAAGCUGUCGAGACAAAGGAGGAGAUCGAUGAGGUAUCUUCUCUUGCAGUGGAAGUGGGAAGUGUUGCUAGCUCGGAUGUCACAAGUUGCCUGGGUCGUGGUUUGGACACAAGCGAACAGCAGUCAUCAUCCAACAGCAUUGAUGGGGAUGAAGCAGAUGUAAACAUUGCUGAAGGAGAUUCAAAUGUUGAUGGUGGGGAUAGUGCUGCCAGUGUCUCAGCUCAGCCUCCGCAGACAGCUAGUGAUGCUUCUCAGCCUGAUAGUAUUCCAGAUGCUCAGGCUCAGAGUAGCUCGCAAAAGACUUCGGACAUUGCAUCAUUGGGUGAUGGUAUUAAUGCUGCAGGUGCUGCAGACACUGGUAUUUGUGAGGCAAAGUCAAAGCCUGAUGAUAAAAUCAGGACUGCUAAAACACCCAGCAGUGUUUCUCAAAGCCUUGGCACACCAGACCCUACUUUCUUGGCAACCUACUCCUCCCCUUCCAUACUAAAUCGUGCCUACGUUCAGAAUCCAGCUGUGCCUGCUGACAGUGUCGAUCCUGCCAAGACAUUCAGCGUAAUCAACUACAACAUUUUAGCAGAAUGUCACCGCCAGAGAUCUGACUACAGUUAUACGCCAGAUGAGUUCUUGCGACAGGAGUAUAGGCAUGGGCUCAUGAUGAAUGAAAUAAAGCACCUCAAUGGAGAUGUGGUCUGCCUGCAGGAGGUGAAUCCAGCAUAUUAUGAAAACACCUUGCUGCCUGAGAUGAAGAGGCUUGGCUUUGAAGGCAUCAUAAUCCGGAGAACCAAAGACUUUUAUGAUGAAGGCGCAGCUACCUUUUACAAGACAGAUCGCUUUGAACUAGAGAGCAGCAAGGGGGUAUCGCUGACAGAGGUUGCUUUUAAGGAGGUGGAACUUGGUGGUCUUAGUCCAGAAGUUGGUGCAGCAGUGAGGGAAUACCUUGACCGUUCAGACGUAGUGCUUGUGACCCGUCUUCGUUGCAAGGUCACUGGCAAGUUGGUCACCAUUGGUAACAUUCAUGUCGUUUGGGAUAAUCUUCAGAGCCCUGAUGUUCAGUGCAUACAGGCAGCAUGUGGCAUAAAGGAGGUGGUUUCAAUGGCUGGUGGUGAGGGAUCACCUCAUAUCAUCUGUGGAGAUUUUAAUGCUGAGUGGAACUCUCCUCUCUAUCAGCUUGUGGUUGAUUCCUAUCUAUCAGAUUCAUCUAUCCAGGCUCUGCAGGCUGUGGAGAAACUUCACUUGAAAGAAGGUUCAAAAUCACUGGUGAACCAUUUGUGGCGAGCUUUUCAGCACACAUCAUCCAAUCUGAGAAGUGCAUACUCAACUGUCACAGGCAGUGAACCAGAGGUAACUACAUACACUGACAAGCCUCUGACUGUGGAUUAUCUGUUCUUCAACGCCAGCAGCCUUAUACCAGUGGGUGUGUUGAAGACUGUGGACAGGGCUGCAGUAGAAGUCACUGGCGGUUUGCCUGCCAGGGACUUCCCCUCUGACCACCUUUCCCUUAAGACCAUCCUGGCCUUUACAGAUUAGUUCCCAACAAAGCCUUUAGUUAUGAAGGCUCAGUACCGCUGGCCUGGUGGGGCAGACACAGAAGAGAUAGUGUCAUGUGCUUAACCACUUACAGAAGAAAAACUGCUCUCUGCAGCAUUGUGUUUUCAUGGUGGGACAGGAUUCAUGCCUUCUCUCACACAUCUGUCUUGUAAACAGAAAAAAAUCUCAUUCUAUUAUUUUACUGUGACUAUGGAGCUCUCAGUUAUGUUUGUUAUAUAAAGAGCCACUAUGUGUACUUUUUCUUGACAGUUUACUUGAACAACAUGAUUGUCAGUUUCAUAAAAAAAUAUAACAUGUCUGCUCUCGUUAUGAAUUGAUGCUUGUGGAGGGGAGGCUUUUUUAUAUAAAAAAAAAUCUCCUAAAGCAGAAUGAGUAAUUUAUUUGCCAUGGCUGCUAAUUUUAUAGUUCAUGAAUUAAAAAAACAUGGAUGGUUUCAUCCUGUAUCAUAUUUUCAUAAUCUUUUGGAUUUACAAUGUUUCUAAACUGAAAAAAAAUGCAUUGUACCGGAAUAUAUUCUUGUCUCUCACGUUCUUGAGUGUAAGUACCUCAUCCCAUUUAUCUUCAAAACUGGCUUUUUUUUUGUGAUUACUUAUAACUGGAUGUGUUACGUUUUGAUAGUAAAUCCUCGGUCAUAUCAUUCAGUUAUUCCUGUAUUUGUUAAUUUCUUGUUAACUGGUUAGUUUUGCUUGCUGUGUUUUGUCACAUUAUGAAGUAUUAAUACCAUAGAGUAAACAGUUUGAAGCUGAAAACUGUUAAGGUAAAUUGAUAGAAUCAGAACACGUUUCUUUGCUAAACUUUGAGUACAAAAAAUGACACUUCAGAUAAAAUUAUAAAAGGAAACUCCUAUUUUCUCAUUCUCUCAGAUUUUUCAGAAAGCUUUUUGAUUAGGAGGGUAGUUACUUUUUAUUUUCACGGACAUAAUAAACGUAAAUUUCAAGAGAUGGAUGAAAUGCAAUAAAAAUAAAAUGUUAAUCAUUGCUGAUGAACUGUUUUUAUAAAUUUUUUAUUCAAUGUCAUUUGUAUAUUUCCAGAAUUGUUUAGCUCAUUUUAACUGUUUGUUUGGUCUUGGAUGUAAAAUGUUUAUUUUAUUUGGGUCUUUGCAGCUUUAUGUGAUUGGAUUGGUAUCAGGAUUUCUUUUUAUUUUACACAUCGAUUCAUUGUCUAAUUUGCAUCUUUGCUUUGUGGUACAGCUGCAUCCAUUGCCAUACUCCAGCACAGAAUGCUUUUAAAACAGUUCACUAGCUUGUACAUUGAUUUUUAUUUGGUGGAUCAGUGCUUAAAAAGACUAGCUUCAACAGCACUUUGAUCUAGUGGGCCACUAAAAUGCUAGUAAAUUGAGAACAAUCUGAACUCCUUUUCCCUGGAUCUUGUAUAUUUACUGAAGGGCAUGUUAUGUUGAAAACAUGUUUGUACAGUUAGUGGAGUUUGAAUUUUCUCUUGAUCCCCUACUUAACCUUGAAUAAUGUUUAAGAAGCAGAUACUACACACAAAAAAAUUGUAAAUUGAUCUUCAAGCUGGUGCUACCAGAUUUUCAAGUUAUGCUUUUGGUUUUGAUCUGUCUAGGCAGCGUCUGUCAGGGUCCUCAUAGAUAAUAAUACACAUUAUUCCAAACUCCAUUUUAUCAGACUUAAGAAAUUCCAAAGAUUUUUGUUUUUAAAAGUAUUUGCUGGUGCUUUUUCGUGUGAGUGGCAUGUCAGAAAUUAUUAACUAAAAACCAUUUAUGACAUACCCCUUUAAAAAUAUUUCAAGUUUUUAUUCUAUUUGUUGAAUGUCCAGCAAUAUAUCCUCAUACCUCAUUAGUAAACACCAAGAAAAUGAUAAAUUUAUUGUUUUGUCAUUUGCAGAAAAUUGUUUAUGCAGUGGUUGUCCUGUCAAUUUGACUUGAAAACAGAAUGGCUGUGUGCCCUUUAGCUUCUUGGAUCACAUGGUGGAGAUUCAGGAGAUGGCUUCUUUCUCUCUUUACAAAGAAGAAUUAAGAAUGUUAAUAUCUUCUUUUAAACUUCUUUGAUACCUUCUCAGUUGCAGCUGGAGACAUCAGCAUGUCAGACUUUUUCUCUGGUUGACAUUGGUAUGAAGGGAUUUAAAAUUUUUAAAGAAUAAGUUCUUACAAGAAGCUAUUUAAAGAAAUGUGUCAGAAUAUAAACUGUGCACAUGAUGCAUAAAGUGCUUCAUGUGUUCUUUGUUCAGGCAGCAUGGAGUCGGCCUAUACAUAACUGAAUUGAAGGCCUAGCUCUGUCUCUAGUUGUAGGUAUAUAUAUAUAUUUGUCACGUUUCUUUCAUCUAUCAUGUGUGAUCACAGCAGGAUGUAAAUCUUGAUUUGGUGUCAGUAAUAAUUUCAUAUUUUGGUUUGACAUUUUGAAAACUUGGCUUUGUACAUGUGCAUGUGCAGUUUCAUCUGCAGUCUACACAAGGUAGUCUUUGUUCAGUUUUACUUUCUCAUUGUAUGGCUUCUCUUAACAUUACUCUUGCUUGCCUAAAAUAUAAGUGACAUUGUGUGCUGCUUUUAGUUUGUCAGAGUCUUGCAUCGACAUUUGCAGAACUUUUGAUGAAGCGUCAUGCUUUAUUGUUUCCACAUAUUGCAAGAGUUAAGCACAGUAGUUCAUUGUACAGUGGCAGUGUGGACUGUACAGCACUAAGGUUGUGCACUACUGUGGCAGGCUGUAUGACACGUGUUAAUCUUCAGUUAGUCGGUUUCCUGUUUAAAAGUGAACGAGUGAUUGGCACUGCCAACGCAUAGCUAUUUAACAUCAACUUAGACGUGACUAGUGCAGGACAAUAAUAGCAUGACAGAUGCAGCCGUGCAGCGGCAUUUCCAGUUCAGUUGACCAUUUGCUUUGCUGACUUCUGCUCUCCUGUUUUCUGAUGUAUUUCUAAUGUCUUAUGUAACAAUGAAUAUAAAAGAAUGUUCAGUUCUUUUAAAUCUUUGUGUUUCUGUCAUUAUUUCUACUCAUAACUUUGAAAUCUGGUUUGUAAAGAAUGAAAUCUUCAGUAUCAGUAUCUGUUUACCUUUUGAGGAAAGAGAAGCUAGUCUAAUAAAGAAAUCACUGUGAAAAUACAGGACCUUCAUCACAGCCACAUGCAGAGGCUGUUCCCUUAAUAACCUUGAAGUUGUAUUAAAAGACAACACAAAAGCCUGUACAGUUCUUCAGAAAUAGGGCAGUCGAGGGUUUUUAUUUUCAGAAAUGAUGUACAAUUCUCAGUGGCGAUUAUUGAGUGGGGAUGCUCUGUUAUUUUAAAGGAUUUAUCCAUUUGCUUUUAUCUGUGCAGUUUCUGCUUCCAGCAGUGUAAGCAAGUUACCUACCCGACAUUUCAUUUUGUUUACGAGGUAAAUUAUAUCCUUGACCACAUUUUAUUGUUUUUCAUUCCAGAUUUAUUAACAACUCAUCUGUCAUGACUGAUUCAGAUCCUCCAGGAAUGUUAGUAACAUAUGGGUUGACGUGUUAGACUACAAGAGUGUGAGGUGGUUGAAAUGUUAGCUAAAGGACUUGCUAACAUCAUCUAUGUUUAGGUCUAAAGCUGUAGCUGGGCUGUCAGCUAGCAGCUUGAUAAGGGUGUUCUCCAGAAUUUCUUCACUUGUGCCAGUUACCUUCCUUGUAAGCCUUUUCUUUGAAGUUUAUUGUGCAACAUUCCUGUGGGGUUUGCAGUCAUUGUGGGUAGAACAUUUGCUAUAAGUGGGGGAUUCUGUACAAUGAUCUGGUAGUCUAUUUCUAGUUCUUGGAAAAGGUAUAAAUUACUGUGAAGACUGAUAAACAGCAUGAUGCCUGCCUAACUGGAAAAGAGAUACUUGUCCUGCUAGCCAAAGCUAGGCGAUCAUUUUUUACUAAGGUUAACUAAACAUGGCAAGUGUCUGCUCUGUCUAGUGAAUACAAGACUAUCCUUGACAUCUUCUUUGGAGGGGAAACCAGUCCUGAUACUGUCAUAAAGUGUGGUCCUGGUUAGCUCUGAGCUGGCAAAGACAGGCAUGCAGAAUACUGCUUUAGUGUGUAUACUCUGCUGCUGUCAUCAACUAGUCUACUGGUAUACACUUACUUUCCUCUUGUUUCUGCUUGUAACAUUCAUGUAUUCCUCUCGUUCUAGACAUUUAUAUAAAUAAAGUAGAUUGCAAUAUG